AUGUUUCCUUUAGCGUACAGCGGGCUGUCUCUCAUUAGAAGAGUUUGCAGCAACGAGCUGGAGGUAAGUGUAGAUCAGACAGAAGUAUCUAUUCGAGGAAUUUCAGAGAAUAAUAUUGUGCUAAGCACAAAGCUAGACACGCCCGUGAGUAGUUCUUGCUCGUUUACUCUGCUUAAGUACCACUUAGAUAGACUUCCAAAGUGCGCGUACAUCUCUGCUUCUUUCAACAUAGACAGGCAGGGCCUAGUUGUUCUUUCCCUGGAGGCACUGGGCAUAAUAACAACUGUAACUAUUGCCACAGAGGUUUUAUUCUUUGAUUAA